UGCGUUUUGUUUAUCGUCAGUUGAAGGUAAGGGUCUCUACGGUUCACACGGUUCAUGUGUGUCGUGCGAUCGUGCAGUUGGCUAAUCAAUUGUUUCGUCGUGGUUUUCCGCGGGAUCACCCUGUCCUUUCUGUGAGUGAGAAACCGUUGUCCUAAAGGUGGCAAGUGGCAAGUGCGGAAUUGUGUGACGGGCUGUCGUUUCAUUUGUCAUUGUCGGCCAGUUUGGCGCGCGGGGCUCACCAUUGUGCAGAGAACGGUUAGAGCAGUGAAACCUACGGGCGGGUUUUGUUUCGAUUCGAAGCCGACCUCGCGGGGUAAAUCGUGUGUGAGUUUUAACGCGCUCUAAAAAUAAAUUGAAAACCGCAACACGGUACGUACAACUGCAAAGAAGCAAGUGAAAGCAGAGCAAAAGCUACACCGCGAUUCGAGUGCGGGACAAGACAAUCCGCGUGGUGAAUUCGCGAAAUUCCACUGCUGGGAAUUUGUGUAGAAGUUGCCGGAUGUGUUAGUGUGGCGGUAUAUUUGUGGAUAUUCGACGAAGCGCUCCGUAUGUUUUGGUUGGUGGAUGGUGGAUAAAACAGCUUCCAUGAAAACAGCAUAAUUGAAUGACGAAAAUUGGAUUACAUUACAACUGGUGAAAUAGGAUCGUUAAAUCGGUUGGAUCUAAAGCCUGGCUUUUCUAUUCAGCAUGGUAUUUAGUCCUGGCUGUCGUAAUACUCGGUGAAUGGCGAAGUUUCAACAAUCUUAAGAGCGGUGUAGCGCUUAGCCGUAGUCGGUUUACUUCUUAUCAAACAUCGCUGAAUCUCCAUUAUUGUGAGAUUACAAGAGACGUCCCUUGUUAUGUUCUAAGAUCUCAACGCGCGGAGGUGCACAGUACAGAUUGUCAAAUGUGAUGUGAGGUAGUGAAUAUAGAAGCAUCUUUAAGCUGAUAGUCUUUCCAAAGCGGGCGUGUAAUUAAAGUUAAAUUCAGUGGUAUAUGCGGUAGAUCGUGUCAACAGUUGGCGCCCAGCAGUAGCAGCAGCAUCGGUGGUAGAUCCUAGGCUGUCGGUCGACUUUCAUGCGGAGCUUUUGUGGGACAUAGGUGUUUAUUCUAGCGGAACUGUCGCCUGGAGAUGAUUUUAUGAAUUCAUUCUCAUAACGAGCGCGGCUUGCAAUAAUGAUAGACCCAUAUUCUUUUUUACGAUGCGGAAUCGCUGGCAUGGAACCUCGUCGGGCAAAAUUUGACCGGUGUAAACAAAAACGGCGAUAACUUUUUUUCAAUUCAAUAGUAAUAAAGUGAGCGGCAAUAUGCUUUUAACGGUGCCAAAAAAGUGAGAUAAUUAAUCAUUAUAAAAUAAUAACCACAAAAAAGCGGUAAAGCAGUACAGUGAAUCUCGAAUCGUAAUAAAUUGUACCGACGGAAGGAACGACAGUUCCGAUAUUGCGAAAAAUUUAACACUCGUAAAAUUAAUAUAGAUGACAGUAAAUUUUCAUUCAUCGUCCCACGUUAAUUGAUAGCUAGUAGUCAGAGUAAUUGCAACCACGCAAUGCAAUUAUAAUUAAAAAGUGAUCAAUUCAAAUACGUUCCGGUAGCAGCAGUAGCAGCAGCAAAAGUCGUUGAGAAUGCACGGUAUACAAAAAAGGAGAACCGUGCAAACGAGAAGCGCAGUAAUGGAAUUGAUACACAUCAAAUCAAUACACCAUCAUUUGUUUUAUUGGAUACUGAUAUUCCUGCUACUUUUAUCGUCGCCCCUGGUGUUGCGAGCGGACCCGGAAACUCCAAUUUACAGGGUAGAUCCACUAGCACUACUGUCCGGUACCUUGCGAACAUAUCAACGAGCCGGGUGUGACCGAGAGUUGGUCACAUUGAGUUGCCCUCGAGGGACAAGCAUAUCGAUAGAGGUGGCUCAGUACGGACAGAGCGGGGAUGCAAAUGAGCAGAAUUUGUGUCCAGCAAGCACCGAUGACAGCAUUGAGAUCAGUCUUCCUGGAACCGAGAUCGAAAUAAAGGCUCCUGAAAGCUGUACCUGGCCAAACGCUUUACAGUAUUCGCUUUUGCAAACGGUGGUGGAAGCAUGCCAAAAGAAAAGGCACUGCAAGUUUUUGGCCUCUCCGAAAACUUUCGGCGGUGAUCCCUGCCCAGGCCAUCGGAAGUUUGUAGAAGUAGCUUAUAAGUGUAGACCAUAUGAGUUUCGCAGUAAAAUAGCGUGCGAAAACGAUGUUAUACAAUUAAUUUGCAAUCCCUAUUCAAGGAUAGCCAUCUAUAGUGCCAGCUAUGGAAGAACAGAAUAUGAAAGUCUGCAGUGCUCUCAACCGCAAGGAGUAAAGGAGGAAACAUGUCUUGCAUCUUACGCCACAGAGACUGUUAUGCAAAAAUGCCACGGAAGGAGAAAAUGCACCCUGUCAGCUGAUAGCACAAGUUUCGGAAAACCGUGUCGUCCGGACUCGAGGAUGUAUUUAAAAGUUGUUUACACAUGUGUGCCACGGAAGGUGCUAAAGGACCGCUUCGAAGCUGCACCGGAACCGGACGAACCGUUGCAGAGUGACUUAGAGCAGGAUCACGACGACUUGUACGAUGAGGACCAGUUUUUCCGUGAAUCAGACGCUCUCCCACCCGGACCGGCACCAAAACUGCAAGGUGGCCCAUCCAGUAAUCGAGUGUCUGACAUUCCAGGCUACAUGGUCACUAGCAGUACUCCUCCCAUGCCGCCACGCUCGAUACAGGAUUUCAACCAGGACAACGACUUUUCCUUCGAGGAAUCGGCUCAUCGACGAGUAAAGCCUCUCAGCAGAAGCUACACUCCCCUCGGCCCGGUCAUCCGCGGAGGUCCAACGCAAAGUUUGCCAAAGGGACAGCCUUUUUAUGCUACGCCCACCGCCGGUAGUACGACGGAAAUGUUGCCGGAUUUUAAGGACCACGUAGUUUUCUUCGACAGCCAUAACCGAAGCAUGACCGAUAAUGGUGAUUCAAAAAAUAUCGGCACAUUUGCGAUAACAAUAACGGCAAGAUGCAUCGAAGCAAUUACAUUAUUUCAAAAGCACCAGGAAAAAUUCUACAUUUACCUCAUAGUGGCAGUGGCCGUCGCAAUCCUUCUCUGCUUGUCAAUAGUAAUCGGCCGCAUGGCGAUGCGGAAGCGCAGAACGGCGAAGGAGAGCGAUAAAUUUCAGACAUCAAACACAGGUGAAACGACGCUCCCAAAUGGUUUCACAGACGAUAUAUCGGAAAUAGAUGCGGAUAUCGAUUUGCAAACUCCGCUUCCAGUGCCGAGCGUUUCCCGGAGUGAUAGCUACGGUGCAUAUACACCCUCGCCGGGACCGUACGGAAAUCUGGGACCAUCCAAUAUAUCACAUACCUCAACCACAAUGCUGGUACCGCCAUGUUCGAUGGGUUCGAUGAUGAAUACGGCGCCGCCAGCCAGCUACCUGAGUGGGCCAAUUAAUAUCAUUCCUUCCCAGCUUGGACAGAGUAUAGGUGACAUCCGCCCGCCGAUGGCAGCGAUUAGCACGUUGCCUCGUCACCAGCAGCAACAACCGCCUGUUUUUCUGGGAGGAGCCGGCUCGGUGAUAGGACACUCCCAAACCCUGCGACGGCCGUCCAGUGAUCUUGAUGGAAACACACCCCGCAGCAUCAGCAGGGGUGUGGCGAACACACAAUUCUACUACGGAUGACAUCCGGUGUCCGGGCAGCAGUCGACUCAGUUCAAACAAACGCCCCCCGCCCCGCUGCAGCAGCCGCAGUCAAUACUGAAGAACAAAGUGCCGACCAGGAGUGAAGCCGAAGAUACCAUAGUGAUGUGUCCACCGAAUCGAACAUACUGUUUCUAGAAUUGUAACAUCAUCCUGCUGCGAAAACAAACCGCGAUGCUGAACUACCAAAGUGAUAACGAUAAAGAUCUGGUGUAUUUGUAAUUUAUUUUUAUUUCUUUAAACUGCAAAUGGUAACUGAAUUGCCACAUCCAAGAUAGGAAGUGUAAAAGACAAAUAAACCAAAGCUUAUGGCAAAACGGAACAUUCAAAGCAGGACCAUGGAAAAAUGGAAUUCUUCCUUAACUGAUUGUUACACAAGUUUUUUUCGUUUAAUUAUUCUAAGGAUAAUUAACGACGGAAUAUAAAACUUUUAUCUUUUCUAAGAUUAUUUCGUUUCGGUGACGCGAGCAAUAAAAAAAACACAUCAUCCGGUACCAUUACAUACACACGUCUAGUGAGCAUGUACGAAUACAUGUUACUAUUGUCAUUUUACUACUGUUACAAUUUGAAGGUGAAAAUCAGGGUAUUGUGUAACAGCUAAGGAGAAAGAAAUGUUUUUGUGCACAAAUUCUACGAAGUUUGCAAGACCAAACCUGAAUAAAUGUGAGCACCGUUAACUGACCGGUAAAUUCUUAGUGAAUACGUACGAAGUUGAGUGAAAAUUAAAUAUUGAAGAUAUUAGUAUGAAGCAAUCUCUAGUGUACAGAUAGGAACUAUGAAGUUUUUUGUAACAAGUUUAUCUACGUAUGUCGAAAUCGGCGAAAAUGAAAAUGCAUUAGAGUAAAAGAAAUUACAAUAUGGUUGAUGCCAAUGCGGGACAUAGAAGUUUGGGGAUAGCAUUUAGGUAAUUUGUACAGUUUAUUUAUAUUUUUGUUUAGUAGAUAUUUAAGCAAGUCGUUCAUAUUUAGCACGGUAAAAGUAACGUAUUUUAAUAAAAAUGGUUUAUUAGAA